AUGCCAGCGAAACUGAAGAGAAAAGGCUCGCCCGGCCUGGCGGAAGAGUCUGCAGAGCCGUCUAAGCGACGCUUUGCGGAAGACGCACAAGAGCCAGCACACCCCGAAAGCACGCAAGAGGAACCCACAGAACAAGAAGAACCACCCGCAGAUUCUGCGCCAGCACCAUCAGAAGACGCCGAACCCUCGCCUGCCCCUCCUGACGACCGCGCCGCUCGCUUCGCCGCCCUCCGCGCCCGACACACCGCUUCCAAAAAGUCCAACCUCGACUCCACCCGCUCCGAAGCCCGCAACGCCGCCGUCAACCCGGCGCAGCUCUCCUCGUUGAAUCGCAAACGUGACAUCAUGUCGCACAAACUGCUCAAGUCUGAAGUUGAGAGCAGUGGCGAGGAUUUUGAGCGUAAGCGGGCGUGGGAUUGGACGGUAGAUGAGAGUGAGCGGUGGGACGAGCGCAUGGCGGAGAAGAAGGCGCGGAAAGAGAAUGUGGCAUUCCAGGACUACUCCGCCGAAGCAGGAAAGGUGUAUGAGCGGCAGAUUGCGCAGAUGGUGAAGGCUAAUGGGAAGGAGGGCGGAGAUGGGCGGAAGGGCGAGUACGAGAAGGAGAAGGAAGAGGCGAUCGAGCGUGCAGUGAGGAGCGGAGGGCUGGAGAUUGUCGAGACUGAGAACGGGGAGCUGAUAGCGGUGGAUAAGGAUGGGAGCUGGCUUUCCACAGAUGUGGCAGCAGGCGGUCCAGGCUCGUUUGGGAAGAAGCCUUCAAAAGAUGCCAUUGACCGGUUGGUGUCAGAUAUCAAGAAGGCGGAGGAGGUGCGACUGAAGAAGAGACGGGAGCGUGGGAGGGCGGAUCCGAUGGAGGAGGGUGGCGAUAUCACCUACAUCAACGAGAAGAAUAAGCAGUUCAACAUGAAGCUGGCUCGGUUCUACGACAAGUAUACCAGCGAGAUUAGGGACAGCUUUGAGAGAGGAACGGCGAUAUGA